UAAAAGCAAAGCAUUAAAUUUGUUUGCAUUUACGAAAAAAAAAAAAAAAAAAAUCCAUUAUCGCUCAGUAAUUUGUUAAAGGAAAAUGCGAGUUGGACUAUAAAAUGGAAUCCGUGUUAUCAAUUUAAAAGCUUACCAACAUUUAUCUAUUUAUAUACAAAUAUAUAAAAAAUUUAUCUAGACAAAGGAAACGAUACUUCUUUUACGGUUUCGUGUUUCGCAUUUUGUCGUGAAGUGAAUUAACAAUGAGACUUCUCAAGUUUUUGCUGCGUUACUUUCCGCCAGGAAUUGCACUAGAGUACAUUCAAAGUGGAGAGGUGAAGACGAAAAUGAUCGACUUGCUUGAUCUUGACGCCAAGACUGACAUAAAAGCGCUGGCAUUGAGGAUAAAAAAUAACGAGCCGAUAAUAACGGACAGUGUAAUGGAACAAUUAGAGGAGACAUUAUUGAAACUCCAAUCAAAAGUUUGUGACGACAGCGUCAAGCAUUAUUACAAGUACAAGACACUCAAGACCCAUUUGUUGCCGCUGACUAAUAUUUCAUUUGAUAAAUUAGGUAAAAGAUGCCUGACGGGCAGCUAUGACCGAACUUGUAAAGUUUGGGACAUUGACAGUGGAAAGGAGCUUCUUACUCUCGAAGGCCAUAAGAAUGUAGUCUAUGCCAUGUCCUUCAACAACCCGACUUCCGACAAAAUAUUGACCGGAUCGUUUGACAAAACUGCGAACCUCUGGUGCUCAAAAACUGGCCACUGUUUUCACAAAUUUUGGGGCCAUAACGCAGAAGUUGUUGCUGUUAAAUUUUCACCCAGUCAGUUGAGAAUCGCCACCGGUUCUAUGGAUACUACUUCGAAAAUUUUUCAAAUUGACACAGGACAAGAAGUCGGAACAUUGAAGGGCCAUUUUGGUGAAAUUAUUUCUUUACAUUACAAUAAUGAUGGUAAUCAGAUAAUUACUGGUUCAUUUGAUAACACUAUCAAUAUUUGGGACACCAGGAUAUUCAAAAAAAUUACAAGCCUGGUAGGUCACAACGGGAAAAUAUCAAACUGCCUGUACAGUUUUGACUGCCGACUAAUAGCGUCAUCCUCUCUAGACAACACCGCUAAAGUCUGGGACGUAAGAAUGUGUUCUUGUGUUGGAACUCUAACUGGCCAUGAGGAUGAGAUCCUAGAUUUGGCGCUAAAUAACCAGGCCAGUAAAUUAGCAACCGCUAGUUGUGACGCUACGGCGCGACUUUGGGACAUAACUGGAGAUUUUCGGGAGCUUGUUGUACUCGAAGGACAUCGCGAAGAAGUUUCCAAGGUUUGUUUCAGCCCUAACGGCAGCAGUAUAUUGACUUGUUCGCUGGACAAAACAGCGCGAUUAUGGUCAGCAGAAACUGGCCGGUGUAUGCAAAGUUUAGCUGGACACACAGAUGAAGUCUUCAGCUGUGCAUUCUCUUAUAAUGGUGACACGAUAGUCACCGCAAGUAAGGAUAAUACAUGCACCAUAUGGAGGUGACUGGAUUGGUUUCAAGUAUUAUCUUGAAUAUUAUAUACCCUUGUUAUUCAUUAUAUCUACCUUAUACCUUAUUAAUUACCUGUUAUUCCAGUUUGUCCUCAUUAGAAAAUUCUCGUUAGUCGUUUAUCAUUAGCAAUAGUUUGUAUUCAUUAUUCAUUAUAUCAUAUUAUAAUUAUAUUAAUUAUUAACCUUGCUCUGUAAUUAAUUACUUAUUUAACGCGCGGAUUUAAAUACUGAUAGAUUUUUUAAUUGUCCACACAUUUUAUUAAUUUAAAGCCACUGUAAUUAUUAUUGCAAUAUGCGAGAGUAUGUUGACACUGAAUGAGUGGAUUUUUAUAAUUGGGUUUGUUAUUUUAUUUAUUUUUAAUCAGUCAUACUUGUAAUAAUUUUCAAUAAUAAACUAUUGAAUUUAAUGAUUGCGGUGAUAAAGAAUGAAAAACUAAUAGGUAAAUUAAAAAGAAAAAAAAAAAAUAGAAAUUGUAAAAAAAGAAAACACACUUGUGAAAUAAUUAAAAAAAAUUAAUAGAUAGAUAAAAUAUAUAAACAUCAACAGAGUGACAGUAAAACAGCAAAAUAAAUAAUAAAUAUUAUUGUGAAAUAAUUGUGAUAGAAUUAAUAAUAAUAAUAAUAAUAAUAAUGUUAUUUUGCUGCUGGUAUUAUUUAUUAACGUAAAUAAUCGGCUAAAUAUUAAUGCCAUAAGUGUUUUAAUCGGCUGUAGAUAAGCUGAUUAUUAGUUUUGAGGUCAAUCUUUUUAUACGAUUACAGAUAUUAUAAUUUAUAUAUGACGGCGAUUAUACCGAUUAUCAUCAUCAUCAUCAUCAUCAUCCCACUUAAUAUAAAUAUAAACAGGAAUGUAUGUACACAUAACACAUAACUACACUAUAAUUGUUAUUCAAAUCAAAUAACAAUAUUAAUAAUAAUAAUUAUAAUUAUAAUUAUAACAGCGAUGACGAUAAAUUUGAUAUAUUUAUGUGCGGAUAAUUAAAUAUAAAUUGAAUUGGAAUUUUUGGAGAGCUCGCCCGUGUGAGGUCGACAGUUAAUUAAUGAUAAACAUAACACCGAUAUUAAUUAAUAAAUUUUGUGGAUUUGACAAUUCAAUUUAUUGAAUUAAA